UGUGUUGAUUGGCAGGUGACACGUCUCAAGUGUGGUGGAUUCAUCUUUGCCCUACGCCUUAACCACACAAUGAGUGAUGCUACUGGGCUGGUUCAGUUCAUGAUGGCUAUGGCCGAGAUGGCACAUGGUGCACGUGCUCCAUCUAUCCAACCCGUGUGGCAAAGGCACCUUCUCAAUGCGAGAGACCCAACAAGCGUGACGUGCACACAUCGAGAGUAUGACGAAGUGGCCGCCACCUUCCUCUCACUUGACGACAUGGCUCACCGCUCCUUCUUCUUCGGCCCUAUUGAGGUGUCUACCCUCCGUAGAUUCAUGCCACGUCACCUGAGCCAAUGCUCCACAUUCGAGAUAAUCACCGCCUGCCUUUGGCGUUGUCGUACCAUAGCGCUACAAUACGAUCGUGACGAGGAGGUGCGCGUGAUGUGCAUUGUAAAUGCACGCAGCAAAUUGAACCCUCCGUUACCGACUGGUUACUAUGGUAAUGUUUUCGUGUACCCCGCAGCGGUAACAACCUCUGGGAAGCUAUGUGAGAAUCCAUUAGGUUACGCUGUAGAAUUGGUGAAGAAGGCGAAAAAGGAGGUGACAGAGGAGUACAUGCGAUCAUGUGCUGAUAUGUUGGUGAUCAGAGGUCGACCCAACUUCACUAUGGUGCGAUCUAUCGUAGUGUCAGAUGUGACACGUGCCGGAUUUAGAGAGGUAGACUUUGGAUGGGGCAAGGCAACUUAUGGUGGACCAGCAAAAAGUAUGGAGGGAGCGGGGAGCAUAAGCUUUUAUGUACCUUACAAGAACAACAAGGGAGAGGAUGGGAUCGUAGUCCCAAUUUCCUUGCCUGCUCCAGCCAUGGAAAGAUUCAUCAAGGAGUUGAAUUGCUUGUUGACUGACAAGCCAAUAAUUACUGGCCUGAAAAAAUCCAAACUUUGAAGCCAAUAAUACGACUCAAAUGUGUUGAAGAGUGGAUGUAAUAUAUAUAUAUAUAUAUAUAUAUAUAUAUAUAUAUAUAUAUAUAUGUCUGGUGUGCAUUUUUCUAACCUUUCUGGUCAACCAUAUUUGAAUCUUGCUAGGAACGAGGUAUUUGCCUCAAAGUUGAUGAAUGUUAUCAAUUCUAGCAAAUAAAUAAAAGAACAUAUAGCACAGUUCUUGCAUUGAAGCUUACUCCGGUCUUCCGUGAACGUCACGGCAAUGGACCCUCUCCAUUUCACUUGAAAUGGAGA